AUGGUUGAGAUCCCAGAGGGACUGGUCAAUCAAGAGCCAAUUCUCUUUGCAACAUCCAUAAAAGAGAAUAUCUUAUUCGGAAAGGAAGGAGCUCCAAUGGAACACCUAAUAAGUGCAUCUAAGGCUGCAAAAGCACAUGACUCAAUUGUUGGGCAAUUUGGAGUCCAAUUGUCUGGAGGACAAAAGCAAAGGAUUUCCAUAGCAAGAGCAAUAAUCAGAGACCCGGAAAUUAUUUUGCUUGAUGAAGCCACAAGUGCUUUGGAUGCUCAAUCUGAAAAAAUGGUACAAGAAGCCUUAAACCAAGCUUCACAAGGAAGAACAACUAUUGUCAUAGCUCAGCGCCUCACCACUAUUUGCGAGGCUGAUUUGAUAGUGGUUCUUCAAUCAGGGAGAGUGAUUGAAAUAAGAUCUGACGAUGAGUUGGUCCCUGUGAACAAUGGAGAAGGUGGAGCAUACAGCAAAAAACCAUGCACAAUGGUUGCCCUGACAUUCCCUAUGAAAAUGUCGAAUGAGAUACAGAAAGUGGGUCCUUCUGUGAAGACAAGUGCACCUGCUGUUGUGUUGCCUUCAUCCCAUAAUUAUGCAGAGAAGCCUGAAAAAUUUAAUGGGAUAGAUUUUAAGAGAUGGCAACAAAAGAUGUUGUUCUACAUCACCACAUUGAAUUUGGCUCAUAUCCUGAAAGCAGAUCCUCCUGCACCUGGUGAUACAAUAGAAACAGUGGCUGCUUCUGAUGCAUGGAACCAGUCGGAUUUCCUUUGCAGGAACUACAUCCUAAAUGGUUUAAGUGAUGCACUAUACAAUGUGUAUAGUCCAAUUCAGACUGCCAAAGCUUUAUGGGAGUCACUAGACAAGAAAUAUCGGACCGAAGAUGCAGGAAUGAAGAAAUUUAUUGUCGGUCGGUUUCUUGACUACAAGAUGGUAGACUCCAAGACUGUCAUAAGUCAAGUCCAAGAACUCCAACUCAUUCUACAUGAGAUACAUGCAGAAAAGAUGAAAUUGAGUGAGUCUUUCCAAGUGGCUGCUGUCAUUGAAAAAUUACCACCCUCUUGGAAGGAUUUCAAAAACUACCUUAAGCAUAAGCGUAAGGAGAUGGGACUUGAGGAUUUGAUAGUAAGGCUACGGAUCGAAGAGGACAAUCGCCGUGCUGACAAAAAAUCUGGAUCUAUAAUGGAAGCUAAGGCUAACAUAGUGGAAAAAGAGUCAAGAAAUAACAAGAAGAGGAAGCACUCUGGAGAAGGCUCAAAUCAAGGGAACUCCAAGAAGUCCAAGGAGUUUAAGGGAAAAUGCUUCAAUUGCAACAAGCAAGGGCAUCGAGCUGCGGAUUGCCGAAGUAGAAAUGGACAAGGCAACCAAAAGAAAAAGGGCAAGACUGAAGUACACAUGACUGAAGAAGAUAAGCUUUCAACUGAUUUGUCAGAUAUUAAUCUUUCUGCAGUCGUGUCUGAAGUGAACUUGGUGGGUAACACCAAGGAAUGGUGGGUGGAUACUGGAGCUACACGCCACAUAUGUUCUGAAAGGAAGAUGUUUUCUACAUAUGAAGCAAAUGAUCAAGGAGAGCCUUUAUUCAUGGGAAACUCCUCCACCUCCAAAAUUCAUGGCCAAGGGAAAAUAAUUCUAAAGAUGACAUCUGGAAAGGAAGUCACUCUCAAUAAUGUACUUCACGUCCCUGACAUCCGGAAGAACUUGGUUUCUGGAUCACUGCUUAGCAAGAAUGGGUUCAAGCUAGUCUUUGAGUCUGAUAAGUUUGUACUUACUAAGAAUGGAAUGUAUGUGGGGAAAGGGUACCUUACUGAUGGACUCUUCAAGAUGAAUGUAAUGACUGUUGUACACAAAGUUAAUAAUAAUAAAGUUAGUUCUGCUUAUAUGCUUGAGUCAUCUGAUUUGUGGCAUGGAAGAUUAGGGCAUGUUAAUUAUGACAAAUUGCGUCAAUUAAUUAACAUGGAACUAAUACCUAAGUUUCAUAUUGAUUUCCAUAAUAAAUGUGAAACCUGUGUUGAAGCAAAACUAACUAGAUCAUCAUUCCAGUCUAUAGAAAGAAGUACAGAACCUCUAGAAUUAAUUCACAGUGAUAUUUGUGACUUGAAAUUUGUACAAACUAGAGGUGGUAAAAAGUAUUUUAUUACUUUUAUUGAUGAUUGUACAAGAUAUUGUCAAAUAUAUUUGCUAAGAAGCAAAGAUGAGGCCAUAGAAAUGUUCAAACAUUAUAAAAAUGAAGUUGAGAAUCAACUUAGCAAGAAAAUAAAGAUAUUAAGAAGUGAUAGAGGUGGUGAAUAUGAAUCACCUUUUAGUAAGUUUUGUUCCCAACACGGAAUUAUUCACCAAACUACUGCUCCAUACUCACCUCAGCAAAAUGGUAUUGCUGAACGUAAAAAUCGUACUUUAAAAGAAAUGAUGAAUGCUUUGCUAGUAAGUUCUGGAGCACCCCAGAAUUUGUGGGGGGAAGCUUUACUUUCUGCUAACUACAUUCUCAACAAAUUGCCUCAUAAAAAGUUAGACAAAACACCUUAUGAGUUAUGGAAAGGUCACAAGCCUUCCUAUAAAUACUUGAAAGUGUGGGGGUGUCUAGCUAAAGUUGCUGUUCCAACCCCUAAAAAGGUUAAGAUUGGACCAAAAACUAUUGACUGUAUCUUUAUCGGUUAUGCCAUUAACAGUAGUGCAUAUCGUUUCCUUGUACACAAAUCUGAUAUAUUAGAUGUACAUGUGAAUACGAUUAUUGAAUCAAGGAAUGCAUCUUUCUUUGAAAAUGUAUUUCCUUAUAAAGAUGCACAAGAAAGAAAUACACGUAAAAGAACCUAUGAUACUGUUAAUAGCGAUAGCCAAGAAGGUCAUCAAGAAAAUAUAGACCAAGAGACUGCUGAACCAGAACCUGAACAUGAACCCAGGCGUAGUAAGAGAGCUAAGAUAACCAAAUCCUUUGGUCCUGAGUUUCUAACUUAUUUGUUAGAAAAUGAGCCUCAAACUUACAAAGAAGCCAUGACUUCUCCUGAAGCUCCUUUAUGGAAAGAGGCUAUUAAUGCCGAAGUUGAAUCCAUUAUGCAGAAUCACACUUGGGAACUUGUGGAUCUUCCUCCUGGAAAUAAACCAUUGGGUUAUAAAUGGAUUUUUAAGAAGAAGAUGAAAGCUGAUGGAUCAAUUGAAAAAUAUAAGGCAAGGCUUGUUGUCAAAGGUUAUAAACAAAAAGAAGGAUUGGAUUACUUUGACACAUAUUCACCAGUUACGAGGAUAACAUCAAUAAGAAUGUUAAUUGCAAUUGCAGCAUUGCAUAAUCUUGAGAUACAUCAAAUGGAUGUGAAAACGGCUUUUCUAAAUGGUGAUUUAGAUGAGGAAAUUUAUAUGGAACAACCUGAAGGGUUUAUUGUUCCUGGACAAGAAAAUAAAGUAUGUAAGCUUGUUAAGUCUCUGUACGGUUUAAAGCAAGCACCAAAACAGUGGCAUCUGAAAUUUGACAAUGCACUAAUGUCAAAUGGUUUCAAGAUCAAUGAGUGUGAUAAAUGUGUUUAUAUGAAAAGCACUCAAGAUGGUUUUAUCAUUAUUUGUCUUUAUGUUGAUGAUAUGUUAAUUAUUGGUAGCAAUAUUGGGAUGAUUAAAUCUACCAAGAAAAUGUUGACCAAAAAUUUUGACAUGAAAGAUUUGGGAGUAGCAGAUGUGAUUCUAGGAAUUAAAAUUUCUAGAACAUCUAAUGGACUAGUUUUAUCCCAAUCACAUUAUAUUGAGAAAAUACUUGCAAAGUUUAGCAAGUAUGAUACUAGUCCAGUAAGAACACCUUAUGAUCCAAAUCUUAAUCUUGUGAAGAAUAUAGGUCAUGGCGUAUCACAACUAGAAUAUGCUCGUAUCAUUGGAAGUCUCAUGUAUCUUACGAAUUGCACAAGGCCUGAUAUAGCUUACUCUGUUAAUAGAUUAAGUAGAUACACUAGUAAUCCUGGAAAGGAUCAUUGGAAAGCUAUAGUCAGAAUUCUAAGAUACUUAAGAUACACCAAAAAUGUUGGAUUGCAUUAUACAAGAUAUCCAGCUGUACUUGAAGGAUAUAGUGAUGCUAAUUGGAUAUCUGAUACUAAAGACUCCAAUUCUACAAGUGGAUAUGUCUUUACAAUUGGAGGUGCGGCUAUAUCAUGGAGAUCUACUAAGCAAACUGUUAUAGCUAGAUCUACUAUGGAAUCUGAGUUCAUAGCAUUAGAUAAAGCUGGUGAGGAAGCUGAAUGGCUACGUAAUUUCUUAGAAGAUAUUCCAUGUUGGCCAAAACCAGUGCCUGCUAUAUGUAUACAUUGUGAUAGUCAAUCUACAAUUGCAAGGGCACAAAACAAUAUGUACAACGGCAAGUCUCGACAUAUACGUCGAAGACACAACACCGUUAAGCAACUGCUCUCCAGUGGUAUAAUUACCAUUGACUACAUAAAGUCAAGAGAUAAUUUGGCGGAUCCGUUUACUAAAGGUUUGAACGGAGAGCAAGUUUAUAGAUCAUCGAGGGGAAUGGGGUUAAAGCCCAUGUCAAAUGAGUCGUCAUAG